GCACCAUUCAGUUUACCGACGACUCUACUAAAGAUGGACGAGUAUCCCUCCAAGCAAGCGACCGAAAACCUCGACGAUCCCCCGAAUAGUCGUCUUUUCGCGGUCAUAAGUCGAUCCUUAAGCGAAGAUGAGCUUCGGGAGAGUUUUUCUGUGUUCGGAGAUAUCCAGGGGAUUUGGGUUGUCAAAGACAAACAAACAAAGGAGUCCAAGGGAAUCGCCUAUGUGAAGUUCGCCAAGUCUUCGCAGGCCUGCUUAGCCAUGGAGGAAAUGCAUGGCAAAGUGUUGGUGGACGGGACUAAACCCAUUAAGGUUUUUAUCGCCCAGUCACGUUCUUCCAAUAGACACAGAGAUGUAGAGGAUGAAGAGCUGACCAGGAUCUUUGUCAUGAUCCCCAAGACCUUUUCAGAGGAGGACCUCAAAGAUACUUUCAAAGAAUAUGGGGAUAUUGAGUAUUGUGUGAUCAUCAAGAAUAAGUCCACUGGUGAAAGUAAAGGGCUUGGCUAUGUGAGAUACUAUAAACCUUCCCAAGCUGCCCUGGCUAUAGAGAACUGUGACAAAACUUACAGGGCCAUCCUGGCUGAACCUCGCAAUAAGGCUUCAGCAUCAGAAGAAUACAGCGGGGGGCCGUCCAGAGGUGACUACAUGGGCGGGAAUGAACCAAUGAACCAGUAUGCCUUCCCAAUGGCUGAACCUGGAAACUAUCAGGUGAUGGACUACCGCUCUGGUGAUUUCACACGAUGCCUCAUGGUAGCAACACGGGCUGCACUCAGCCAGGAGCAGAUUUUUGCUCUGUUUGACCUCAUUCCUGGCAUGGAAUACUGUGAGCUGCAGAGAGACGCUUAUGGAAUGAGUAAAGGUCAUGCUUUGAUUCGCUAUAGUAACUUGGGAUCAGCUGUUUAUGCAAAGGAAAAGCUGAAUGGAUUUGAAUAUCCUCCCGGAAACAGGCUGGCAGUAAACUUUGUUGAUGAUGGAGAGGACCGUGGCAGUCCUGUUGGUCGGAUGGCCAUGCAGUUGGUUGCAGCCCAGAUGAUGUCAGCAGUGUGGAGUGGACCGUCCACCAGCCAAGUGAUGAAACCUCCUGUGAGUACCAACAGGCAAUGUCAGGGCUUCUCUCCUAUGUCCAGCAUGUCCCGGAUUCAGGCAGACGUCAGCCUGCCCUCUAUGAAGAAGCUUGCUCCACCUGACAGCAAAACAAAGGAACGCUUGUUUGUUGUGUUCAGUCCAUCCCCGCUACCACUGGAUGUGUUGGAGGAUGUUUUCUGUCGCUUUGGUUCACUCAUUGAGGUCCAUUUGGUGCCUGGGAGGAAAGUUGGAUACAUGAGAUAUGCAGACAAACAGUGUGCAGACGAGGCCAUGGCGGUACUCCACGGUCGGAUUGUGAACGGAGUGAAGAUGAAGGUCAUGCUGGCUGAUCCACCCAGAGAGGAAUCCCAUAAACGGCCCCGUACUACCUAGGACUUAUGAGACGAUACAAGGGCGACUGUUGUCAUGACACAAUGACACCUGACCUGACAGACCGACCAACAGACAUCAAGACCUUCUUGCGACCCCUGACACGACCUUUGACACCUGUCUGACCGAACCCUCUGGUCAGUGACCUUGCUGUGACUCACUGAUGUACAGUAUCUCAUACAAUGGAGUUUAAGUUGUUUACAGCAGCAGCAAUGUCCGUUUUUUUAGUUCAUGCUACGUUUCAAGCUUUUGUGCAUAUUAGGGGAACACCAAUCCAUCCUUGACACUGCUGGACUAACUAAUGGAAAACCAAAGCAGUCUACAGGAAAGAUAUGUAGGUUUAAUUUGAAGAGUCUUGGUUGAAGGUGUCGGCAGUAUUUUCCUUAAAACUGUAGAGAUAAACAGUUAAAAAGUUGGAUCUCGACAAUUUAUUUUUUUCAGAUCUGUCCUUUGUUUUCUGUAUGUUGUCCCAUAUUGAUCAGAUUCAAAUGUGUCAGUAAACUUGUUUUUGUCUUGGUGAAAAUAAAGAUCAGUUUUACCACCA